CCAACAAAAAAAAAAAGAAACGAAGAAAAGAAGAAGGAAGAACAAAAGAUUCAAAAGAACGAUUGGAAGAACUACCACCAAAUCGGCUCAUCAUCCUGAUCCAGUUCUUCGAUUGCGCUCGUUUCAUCUCCUAAUCGCUUAUUCUCCGUCCACAGGAAAUCUUUAUUACUCAAUCUAUACUCGACUUUAUAUGGGCCAACUUGAUCCAUAAAAAGUAGAGAGGGCAAAAGGGUCUGAUAACUCAGCGCUAUCCGAAGACGGAACAAACGGUUGGAUUACCGGAAACGGCAGAAAAGAAGCGCGGUUUACCGAAGGGAGGCUGAAUUCCGUCAAUGGCGGCCGGUUCACUUUCUUCAAGCUUCUCUCUCUACAAUUCCGGCUACUAUACGCCUCGUAAUUCACGAGGCUAUGGUAAUAAUAAUGCCUCGGCCACGUUCAAUUUCAGAAAGCGUUCUCUCACCUGUUUCUCAUCCAAGAACAAGCCCAACUUCGUCGACCAAAUUCUUGACUACAUUGAAGGAGGGCCUAAGUUAAGGAAAUGGUAUGGGGCGCCUGAUCGCCUCCCUAAAGAUGGGUCUGUUUUGGAAGAAGAUGAUAAAUUUUCAGGCACAGAAAAAGAUGAAGUCAGGGAUGCAGUUCUAGUAACUGAUGGAGAUAAUGACAUUGGCCAGAUGAUAAUAUUGUCGUUAAUUGUCAAACGAACUCGGGUUAAAGCAUUGGUGAAGGAUAAAAGAUCUGUUGUUGAAGCCUUCGGAACUUACGUUGAGCCAAUGGCUGGAGAUACAAAUGACAGGUCAUUCCAGAAGAAGGCUCUAAGAGGUGUUCGUGCAAUAAUAUGCCCAAAUGAAGGUUUCUUAUCCCAAGUUGAGAGUCUAAAAGGAGUAGAACAUGUGAUUGUAUUAUCCCAGUUAUCUGUCUAUAGAGGUACCGGUGGGAUUCAAGCGAUUAUGAAUAGUAAAGCAAGAAAACUGGCAGAGCAAGAUGAGUCAAUUGUAAUGGCUUCAGGAAUUCCUUACACCGUUAUCAGAGCAGGCUCGUUGCAGAAUACUCCUGGCGGGAAGCAAGGUUUUAGUUUUAAACAGGGUAGCGCAGCACAGGGACGUCUUAGCAAGGAGGACGCUGCCUUCAUUUGCAUGGAAGCGCUUGAUGCGGUCCCAAAAAGAGGACUAGUAUUUGAGGUGGUUAAUGGUGAAGAGAAGGUUUCGGACUGGAAAGAGUGUUUUGCAAUGUUGAUGGAGAAAGCUGAGCAGCAGCUUCAAUGAAAUUGUGAAUGUCAAUGAAUAAGGGGUACUUGAAGUUAAUAUUUAUUUUGUUGGUUGCAUGUUCAUCUAUUUUGGGAAGACUGGUGUUCUUUACCCUUGUACAAUGCCCAUCUUUCCAUUGUGACCCUCCACGUUUUAAUUUGUGUAUUUACCAUUGACCUUAGAUUAUUAGACCCGAUGUGACGAUACUGAUUUGCAACUGCGAUUGAAAUGUAAUUCCGUACCCAUAUCUUUGUAUCCCUAUUCCAAAUGCGAUUGAAUUCUAAUUAUCCGUA